CAUUACAAGCCGCAGACAGUAGACAUCAGACAGCAGACGGUAGAUUCCAUUCCCCUUCGGCAGAAUUCAAGUUUAAGCCCGGCUCAAGCCACUCGACCACUCAGUUCAAAGCGAAAUCGCGACGCGACAACAACGGCCGCUCAGACCGAGAGAAAUAUAAGAAAAAUAUAUAAAUAAAAUUAUAAUAAACGGAAGGCAUCUUAGAAAAAGGUGUGCGCAGAAUGUUCGUCUUACUUGGAGCACUCUGUCUGAUGCAGACGGUGAGCUUGGUGCCAGCCCAGCUGAUUACACUGCGCGACGGCAAGGUGGGCGUGAAUUUUGCAGGAUUUCACGCGGAUGCGGGACUCGGAGGACUCCUAACGGGCAACUCUGCCCACGGCGGACUCAGCGCCUCCGCGGGAACUCCAUGGGGUGCGAGGGCAGCCGCCGGUCUCGGUGGCAAUCUGGAUGGACGAGCCGCCGGCGUAGGCUAUGCCGCCGCCCAGGCAAAUCCUUCGGUGGGAGCCAGUGCCCUUUUGGGCGGCAGUGCCGGGGAACGCGGCUAUAUCGGUGCCGAGGCCCACAGCCCGGGUCGCAGCGUGGUCUCCUCCUCCUCUCAGUCCCACCACCUGGUUCAGCCGGCAGUUCCUGAAAACCCCGCCCCCGCUUCGCCCACUUCGGGUCCUGUCGUCACCAGCCACAUCCAGAAGGUCAAGCCACCCAAGAAGUACUCGCUGAUCCACCAAGAUCCGGACCGCAGCGAAAUCAUUGAAAAUCAUGUUAAAGCGGCCGCAGAUGCCGAUGCGGUGGAUAAACACCCGCCCACCGCUUUUCCGGCUUUUCCUGCUGCCCCGCCCACUUCGUUGAUAAUUGUCAAGCGACCACGCCCACAUGCAAAGCGACAACGUCAGCGGCAACGUGUCGUAUACGUGAUGCAGCAGCAGCAGCCGCAGGAGCAACACAUUCCCGAGGAGGAAGCCCAAAAGGACGAGCCGCAGUCGACCGUUGAGGUGAAGAGCGAGGCCAAGGCUGUCCAGGUCCACAAGUACAAGUCCGUCCAGCGACCUCAGUCCGUGAACAAUCGCUUCCUGGCACCUCAAGCCCAAGGACCCGUGGGUCUGGCCCUCGAUAUCCCCAUUGGCAUCCUGCGUUCGCUGCAGCAAUCUUUGGGCGCCUUAACUGGUGCCGUAGCCCCUGCCCCUGCCCCUCAACAACCUGCAGUUGCAGUUGCAGCUGCUGCGGCCAACGCUCACUAA